GGCAGCAUUUACUUAUUGUCAAAAUUUUAUUUAUGUUUAUGGCGCACACUUUUUGUACUUGCGGGAAAAGUUGUUUUGCGGCAAAGUACGUUAAGAAUACAUAAUAGAAAUGGCAGAGAAACAGAAGACUGGUGCGAAUAGUGAAGGCAAAGAAAAACGCCGAAAGGAAUCCAUUUUAGAUCUAUCAAAAUAUUUGGAAAAACAAAUACGUGUGAAAUUUGCAGGAGGCCGUGAAGCUUCUGGUAUCUUAAAAGGCUACGAUGCACUGCUAAAUUUAGUUUUGGACAAUACUGUUGAAUACGUUCGAGAUUUGGACGAGCCAUUGAAAUUAGCGGAAGACACAAGAAGCUUGGGUUUAGUUGUCUGCCGCGGUACAGCGUUAGUACUUAUUUGCCCACAAGAUGGCAUGGAAUCAAUACCAAAUCCUUUUAUAUCACAAGAUGCGUAAAAUAUGUAUAUUAAACACAAAAAUAUUUAUUAAUUUAAUUCA